AUGACAGACGGAGGCUGUUUCGAUAUUCAGACAAUGUUGUUCGGUCGUAAAUCAUCGAGCAAGUUACAGAAAAUAAAAGGUCAAUCAUCGCCUAAAGUGAGCAAGAUCAACAAGCAGGAUAUUAAACCUUCUUCUUCUUCUUCUUCUUCUUCUUCUUCUUCUUCUUCUUCACCUAAACCUUCUUCUUCACCAAUACCAAUUAGAUCAUCUAAGUCGAUAUUAUCCUCUAGCCAACUAACAUCAUCAAGACGUGUUUCUUCGAAUUCAUCGCCUUUAAGCAUAAUCAAGAAUGUUUCUAUUAGAGAAGCUAAGAGCCCCAAGACGAGCAGCUCACCUAAAUGGACAGGAAACUUUAUUCUUAUGGUCGAGCUUCGAAGGAAGAUCUUUACCUUUAGAGACAUCAUUGAUCUUCCUCCUCUUGACGGUUCUCCCUCCAUAACCGAUAUGGUGAUGCAUACAAUGAAAGAUCUCAAGAAUCUUUGUCCUGAGAUUAUCCACAACUCACAUAUCUCGGAAAUUAGACGCGCAAAUGUAGAUAAGGUUCUUGACCAUUUCUUUAAUGCUUUGAAAUCCAUUGGAGAUUCAUGGAUCGAUAACCCUGAAUGGAUAGCUAAAUCCAAGUAUUGGACUAGCAGCGUCGGGAAGAAUCAGUCUGAUCGAUUAGUGGAAAAGGUGUUAGCAGCAUUAGAUGGACUGAUCAAGAUGUCCAAAGAGAGAUUUGAUAUGAUGGAGAUUGAUGAUGAAGAAGAGAAGAAAGAGCUCAUUAGUCCACAGACUACUAAAACGCCGAGCAGCCGAGUCUUAUCUCCUUCUGAAUCAUUCUCCGAUAGCAGAAACUCGUUUUGCGGGUCACCAAUCACUCCAAGAUCGGUUCUACCAGAACCGAUGAUGGGUUCACCGGGAAAAAAUGGAGACUUUGCAAACUCUGCAUCACAUCUACUGUGGAACAUGAGAGUUCAAGCACUCGAGAAGCUUAGUCCUAUCGAUGUUAAGCGACUCGCUAUCCACAUUUUGUCUCAGAAAGAAGCUCAAGAACCAAAUCAAAGCAACGUAGAAGAUGAGAUAAAUUCUGUUGAAGAGAUCAAGAUGAAUAAGAAUGAAAAAGAGAGCAUUGAUGUGAAGAUGGAGACAGAAGAAUCUGUUGUUCUUGAUGAGCAAGAAGAUACUAUCAUGCAAAAUUCUUCACUGGAUUCAACAUCUGAAUCCAAACUCAAUAUUUCAGAGAAAUCUGAGAUUGCGCCGGAAUCUUUGUCUCCUCCUCCAUCCACAACUAAAGUAGCAUCUUUACCUUCUCCGCCGCCUCCACCUCCUCCUCCUCCGUCACCACCGCUCAUUUCAAAGGCUGACGUGGUGGUUGUGUCAUCUCUGCCACCUUCUCCGCCACCGCCUCCACCACCGCUUAUGCCUUUAAAAGGCUCUGCUCCACCACCACCACCGCCUCCUCCACCUCCAGCAAAUGCAGCGCCCCCACCACCACCGCCUCCACCUCCAAGAAAUGCGGUGGUCCCACCACCGCCGCCUCCACCUCCACUAACUACGGCGGCGCCAUCACCGCCACCUCCACUUAUGCAAAACAGAGCUCCACCGCCACCGCCAAUGCCUAUGAGGAAUAGCACAAGUGGCGGACCACCGCCUCCACCACCUCCUAUGCCUCUAGCAAACGGAGGAGCACCUCCUCCACCACCACCUCCUAUGGCUAUGGCAAACGGAGCAGCACCGCCACCUCCACCACCUCGAAUGGGUAUGGCGAACGGAGCGGCGGCUCCACCGCCACUACCAGGAGCAGGGAGAAGCUUGAGACCCAAGAAAGCAGCUACAAAACUGAAAAGGUCAACCCAAUUAGGGAACCUUUACAGAAUCCUUAAAGGAAAAGUAGAAGGGCGUGAUCCUGAGGCAAGAACAGGCGGCGGAGGAGGAAGAAAAGCCGGAGUUGGAAGCGCUCCUGCCGGUGGAAAACAAGGAAUGGCAGAUGCACUUGCUGAGAUCACAAAGAAAUCUGCAUAUUUCCAGCAAAUACAAGAAGAUGUUGCAAAAUACAUGAAAUCAAUCAAUGAGCUGAAGAUUGAAAUCACUAAGUUCCAGACUAAAGACAUGACUGAGCUUCUUGCUUUCCACCGUCGCGUCGAGUCAGUUCUUGAAAAGCUAACAGAUGAGACACAAGUUCUUGCGCGAUGCGAAGGGUUUCCGCAGAAGAAACUAGAAGCAAUAAGAAUGGCGGCUGCAUUAUACUCGAAGCUUCACGGUAUGAUCACUGAGCUACAAAACUGGAAGAUAGAACCUCCUUUGAAUCAACUUCUUGAUAAAGUAGAACGUUACUUCACAAAGAUUAAAGGAGACAUCGACACGCUGGAUCGAACCAAAGAUGAGGAAGCUAAGAAAUUCCAGAGCCACAACAUUCACUUUGACUUCAAUAUACUUCUUCAGAUCAAAGAGACAAUGGUUGAUAUCUCAUCGAACUGCAUGGAACUCGCAUUGAAGGAAAAGAGAGAUGAAAAGCUUGUCUCGCCUGACGCGAAGCCGAGCAUGAAGAAGACUGUAGGAUGUGCUAAAAUGCUUUGGAGGGCAUUUCAGUUUGCUUUCAAAGUCUACACUUUUGCUGGAGGACACGACGAUCGAGCUGAUUCGUUAACCAAAGAGUUGGCUCAUGAGAUCCAAACUGAUACUACUCAGAACCCAUGAUGAUUUCGCAACUAUUACUACUCCUUUUUGCCUUCUUCAACAUCUUAAAAAUAUUCCAAAAUAUUUGAACAAUAAAAGAGU